CAACAGCGCUCUCAGCCCAGGACCGCACAACCAGAUUCAUGACCACAGACAUCCAAAACCUCAAGACCUUCGAUCCGUUCGCGGAAGCCGAAGACUCAGUCGGCGAGACAAAAACCACCAGCCAAAAUUACAUCCAUAUCCGCAUCCAACAGCGCAAUGGUCGUAAGACGCUGACGACGGUCCAAGGCCUGCCCAAGAAAUUCGACCAGAAGAAGAUCCUCAAAGUGAUCAAGAAGAAGUUCGCCUGCAAUGGCACCGUCGUCACGGACAGCGAGAUGGGCGAGGUGAUCCAGCUCCAGGGCGACCAGCGCAAGGAUGUCCAGGAGUUCUUGACCGAUAAGAAGGAGGGGCUGGGCUUGGACGCGAAGACCAUCAAGGUCCACGGCUUCUAAGCCCGAGCACCCAACUACUGCCCAUGCCUCUGUCGCCGCUUCCCGCUUUGAACACCCCUCUCGAUCGGCGACGACGUCGCUCUGCCAAUAUACCUCGUCGUCGUCGCCGCGAAGUGGGAUGAUGAUCUC